CCCGAUUUACCGGUCCCGGCAACAUACUUCGUACGAUUUUACCCGCACCAGCAUCGUAUACUCGGAAAUUCGACGCUGGGAGGAAGGGACAGGGAGUGAAUCACACAAACUUACCUAUCAAGACACCAUCAUCGUACUGCUCAACAUCCCAAUCCUCGUCGAUUGCUAUUAAUGAUGUCCUCGCCGAAAAAGCCACCGGCGGUGAAAUCCGAGCGUCCACCGACGGCGAUCACGCACCAACCAGCCUCCCCUCGCUUUCCAUCUGGGACACCCACCGCGGGGGCACAGCGUAAGAUCGCAAUCGCCGUAGAUCUCAGCGACGAGAGCGCCUACGCCGUGAAGUGGGCAGUACAGAACUACCUCCGGCCGGGCGACGCCGUUAUCCUGCUACACGUCCGACCCACCUCCGUCUUAUACGGCGCCGAUUGGGGCGCCAUCGAUCUAUCCGUCGUAUCGGAGGCCGCGUCCGCCAGUGACGAGGAGUCGCAGCAGAAACUCGAGGACGAUUUCGACAAUUUCACGACCUCAAAGGCGAACGACGUGUCGCAGCCGCUGGUGGAGGGGAAUAUUCCGUUCAAGAUCCAUAUCGUGAAGGAUCAUGACAUGAAGGAGAGGCUCUGCCUGGAGGUGGAGAGGCUUGGGCUGAGCGCUGUAAUAAUGGGUAGCAGAGGAUUCGGAGCUUCAAGGCGAAGUGCUAAAGGCCGGCUUGGGAGCGUCAGCGAUUACUGCGUGCAACACUGUGUGUGUCCUGUUGUUGUGGUGAGAUAUCCUGAUGAUAAAGAUGGAUGUGCGGGUCCCACCAAAGCUGCUGACGAGGAUUUGAUGUGCCUUCACCCUGUUCCAGAGGAAGAAGCCAUUUACCACGACGCCUCAGACAAAGCUCCAGAUAUGGGGAACACAUCUUGAGAAAACAGAGAUGACAGAUAAGGGAUGUUUAGAAGUGAUGAACAAAAGGCGGUUGGGUUGUGGACCCCUGUGUAAACGCGAGAAACAGAAAUGGUAAUCCGGCGUUCGGUUCUAGCUGGUUAAGUGUGGAGUGAUCGGUUGGCCUUCACCAACCUGCAUUGUUUUUCAUGUACCAAAGAUAUAUACUUUCCAGACUUGCUUUUCAAAGAUUUGCCCUACCACAUAAGUCAUUUUCUAAACCUUGAAAUGCAUUUUAUGUUUAUAUUGAAUGCUUAUUGUGGGUUGAUGUUCAAUUAGCCUGUACCUUCACCAUUAGCUAUGUUCUAUAGAUUCAAAAUGUUUUUAUCAAAAUAUAUUGUUUUGUUGCUGGCAUACUUAAUUAGUUAAUUAUCUGGCAUCACAGAU